AUGUUGUAAGAUCUCAAGAAAAUUGUAAGCAAGGCAAAUAAGGAUCACUUUUUGGAAAUGAAAAACGAGCAAGAGAUAAUAAAUAAUAUCCCACAGUCAGAAGAUUGGUUUAUUCAAACUUACGAAAGACUCAAGAAAAUAGCAGGGAAAUCCUUGAACUAGGUAGAUUUCAAAGAGUUUACUUAGUUAUCAACAGUCAUACACGAUUAAAAAGAGGUUGAGUAGCUUAUUAAGACGAAAAUGCCAGCUGAUUAGCUAGUGGGAGCUGCGGCAAAUCUCUGGAAAUCUCUUUCAGGUGUAAGAUGGUUAUCAGAGCUCAGAAAAAUGCUAUAGUAAACUGAUAAGUAGAUCGAUAUGAGCAAGGUAAAAGAUUUGCAUGAAAGGGCUCAAGUAGCUGGGAUAGUUUAUGAAAAAGAGAUUUAAAAAUAAAAUAUCUUCGAAAGAUACUUCAAUCAGUUCUCUAAGAUCAUAGACACUAUUAGAUCAUUUGAAAGUAAAUUUGGAGAUAGAAAGAAGCUUAUAAAAACACUUGAGGAAUUGUAUGAAUAGAGCAAAGAUGACAGGGGAAUAUUUGAUUAAUUCUAAGAUGAAGUUUAACAGUUAAUAAAUGUACUUAAUCUUAAUAAAAUAACCUCAGAUGGCGGGGAUUUCAGCAUUCUUCAAAAAUUACACACUUGGAUAGACUUUUUACGCCAAUAUCGAGAAGUUUAAGAUCUGCAUCAUAAUAAUUUACCUUUAGACUAAGUUAUGAUUUUGUCAUAAUAAGCUAUCGAAAAAGAGAUACCAGAUGAGCUAAAUAUUAAGUAAUUCUUGACACAAAGAAAAAAUAGAUUUGUAAAAUUUACCCGUGAGUAUGAUGAUUACAUGAGACUUAGAGAGAGUAUUAAAAAGAAAAGUAUCACUACUAAUGUGCUUUCUGAGAGUAAUAAGUUUACAUGCAAGUUCAUUAGGUAACUCAUUGAAGAAUGCAAAAGUUUAUCGAUAGAAAAAGAUCAAGCUUAUAAUUACGAUGAGAAAAUACUUGAGGAGGAUAUUAAGGCUUAUGAAGAAUGGAGAAAAGAGGCUACUGAGCUUCUGUAUCAUUUAUAAGCUGAUGAAAUGUCCAUCAAAGAUGAAAAACUAAAAACUUAAUUCAUGGAACUACAAAAGAAAAUGAGGAAGAUGGCUAUUUAUGACAAAGAAUCUUAUGUAAGAGUAUAGAGCUAUAAUUGGUUACUCUAAUGCCUUGAUAUGCUUGAAUCUACCAAAUUAGACGAACCUCUUUCCCUGAGCACCUGGGAUAAAAUGGUAUUAUAGGCAGAUAGCUUUUAGCAAUACUUCAAAGAUAUUAAGCAACAUUCUAUUUUCUAAAGAAUUAUUUGGGAAGCUUAAUAAGCAAAGGAAGUAAUUGAAUUUGUAAAUUAGUAAAAGACGAAUUAAAAAUAAUGGGCUGCUAAGUUUAAUUUAGAUAAACAGCAAAACUAUGCCUUUUUCAGAAAUAAAAAUCCUAAAGUAAAAAUUUUGAAGAUGCUCGAAAUAGCAAAAUAGUCUAAGGUGGAUCUCAUUGAGGAGAUAAGAUCGCUAGAGCAUUGGGUAAAGGACUUUGAUAAAUACUCUCAAUAAUAUCAAGAAAAUUCUCUAGUUAGUGAUAUGACUCUUGAUAAAAUGAAAGAUGUACAAAGGAUAAUGUACCUCUCACCUAUUGAUUACAAUGAAAUUUAUUUCAGACUAAUGGAUAGAAUAGACACUGCUGAAAUGAUCAAGCUAAAUUUGAAAAAGAUUUUCACUGAACAUGAAGCUUAAAAUGCCUUGAGAAUUAAGGAAGAGGAGCAGCCUAAAAGACUAAGAUACAGCAGAAUAUAAUUUGAUUUGAAGCUAUUUAAAAAGAAUUGCAACAUUUGUGGCAUUAAAGAAAUAGAAUUGGCUUAAGAAAAAGUAGCUUAAUCAUAAGAAAAACUAGAGUAGAUAAGAGCGAUUUUAUAAGAAAUUAAACAACAUGAUAUUGAGAAGAAUCAGGAUCAGAUACGAGAUAAACUGGAAAACUCAAAAAAGAUAUUCACUGAGAUCGAGAUCGAUAUGGAAAACGAAGAGAACGAUGUCAAAACACUAAUCUUUGAAGCAGAAAUAAGGCUGAUAUUGUUGAAUUUUAAGCAAAACAAUAAAAAGCUUUAAUAUGAUGAAUUCAAGGAUCUAGAUAAGACAUAUGAGAGUAUAAGAGAUGAUAUAAAAGAUGAAGUAACUCACUCUGAGUUCAAAUAAAUUCGUAACAAAGUGCUUGAACUCUUUAGGAAAAUAACUAAAUUAGAGAAUGAAAUUGAUCUUGAAAGUAUCUAAAAUUAAGCUGAGAAAGAAUGUCCCAUUAUAGAUUUCACACAGCUUUUAACUGAUAAAGAUGCAAAAAUAAAGCUUGGAAAAAGAAAGAUAAGAGAAGGAGAGGAAGUUAAGAAACCUGAACCACAAACAAUUGAUUUGACUUUAUCAACAAAGAGAAGAAAGAAAAGUGAUUCUUUAUCUUUGAAAGAGAGUAAAAAUGAGGGAUCUGAAUCUGAUGGAUAGAGCUCAUCCUCAGGGAAUGAUUCUGGAUCUGGAUCUUCCUCAGAAGGCAGCAGCUCUAGUGGAAGUGGAAGCAGUAGUGGUAGUGGAUCAUCAAGUUCAAGUAGUGGGGAUGAAGGCAGUGAAUCAGAUGAGGAAUCAUCAAAAGGAGAAGCCAAAUAAAAUAAGAAAUCGGGCAACCUUGCAAGAAAUAGAACUAGAAGAAAUAUAGUUCCAAAUUUAAACUCUGAUUUCAUCUAUGAGAAUCCUGCUGUUAAAAAGAUUCAUGAAGAAAGAACUAAAUAGACUUAAUAACAACCAAUUAUAGUCGAGGAGAGCGUAGAAAGAUGCUCUUAAGAUACUCAGCAGCGCAAAAAAGAUAAAAAACUUAGAAAGCAGAAGCGCAAGGAAAAGCGAGAAUAAAAAAGAAUAGAAGAUAAGAAGAAGGAAUAAAUGAAAAAACAACUUGCAGAGUAUAGACUUUAGUAAAAUAAAACACAGUAAACUAUUCAAUCCAGAAGUAAAUUGUCAAGCAGAUUAGACCACGACUAACCCAUCUCUUUUGGAAAUUUGAUCAAUCAGGAUAGGGCACUUUAGGACUCUCUGUAGACUAUAAAGAAUAGAAUUAGAGAUCAGACUAGACAUAAACUUAAGGAAGUAAUAGACUAGACUGAACCUGUAUUCUCAAGCUUAGAUUUGGAUUCUAAAAAGAAACUAAUUCUUGAUAUCGAAACUGAAAUGUACACAAAGCACCCUGAAGUAGACCAUUUCUACCGAAAGAAAAGUGCAGAUGCUUGUGAGAAUAUUAAAUUUUUAGGAGGAUAUAAGGAAAUCGCUGAAAUGGUGGCAAUUAAAAAGACUAUGCCUUACUUUAGACUAUUCCAGCCACAUCCUCAAUUCAAAGAUAAUAUAAAGAGUAUAAUUGCCGAAGUUACAGAGAAGAGAAGGUAAGAAAGAAUAAGAGCGAAGCAAGAAUAGAAAUAAAAGCAAUAAUAAUAAUAAGAAGAACUAAAGCAAAGGGAACAAGAAGCAGUAAGAAUAUCAUAGAAUUCUGAGAACAAUAAUGAAUUUUAGCAAAUUGUCGAAGAUAACAGAGAAACAAAUGAAACUUUAGGAGGUUCGAGGGUUAAAGUUUCAGAAAGUGAUGAUGAUGAUGAUCUUGAGAGUCUAGGGAGUAAUCCUGCUCUGUUUAGUGAUGAUGAAGAUUAAGUAGUACCAUAAGUUAAUAACUUGUAUGAUCCAUUCACUGGUAGGCCAUUCAAUCAAUAACUACAGCAAUAAUUUACCACGGGCCAACAACAGAUGCAGUAUAUUGGAUAACCUCCUCAAGGGUAUUAGUAAAAUUUCAGGAGAUAAGUAUAGCUCUAUAAUCCAUAUGAAGUCAUAGAAUAACUUUACAACAGAUUCAACUAAAAGAAGACUAUUGAACCGAUUAUGUUUGAUCCCAAGGAUAGGUAUCAGCAAAAGGUCGGUUAAUCUAAGGAAAAAAAUGUAGCCCCUCCAGGUUCACUUCUUAAAGUAUGGGAAGGUUAGCUUGAGGUACAAAGAGACUAGCAACCAUUUGUUUAGUUCUUCUCGAAUAGCGAUAUUCAAAUAUUCCAAUUACUUCCAUCACUACCUUAAACAUUGACACUCAAGGGUAAAUCAAGUACCACUGAUAUCACAACACACUUCUUGAGACUUAAAAAAGAGAAGAAACUAAUAAGAGGAUGGAUAACUAGGAGAGGCAACGUAGGAGGUUUAUCUUAAGGCAAUUCUCAAAAUACUGGAAAUUGGCAAGAAAAUAGUGACAAAUACACUAAACUAUUUGAUGAGCUAGAACAAUAAAAUAAAGCUGCUCUCUUCAAUGUAUUCUAAGGUCUAACUUUCUAUCUAGUUCCAAUUACGUCAAAAACUAAGGAUUUCUGUAAGUAGAUGAAUAUCAAUCCUGAACCAACAAUCUAAAUGGACAAUAGUUAAGGCUAAAAUAGCAUUCAGGAUUUAGAAUAAGCUCUCUAAGAAGAGACUCAUUGCUUUGCUGUCAUUAGUGCUAUCAAGUAGCCAUUUAAUAACAAACUAAACUUCUUGAAUCCUUCCAUUCUAAAAAUUGCAGCAUUAGAUCUUAGUGGUAGAGUAGAGGAGACAAAAAAAGAUGAUAUGAGUUUCUCUCCUAUAACAUCUGAUGAAGAAGGAAAUCCCAAGAAUUAGCAUAAAGCAUAGAUACUCUAAUCUGUCAAGCAAGAAGAAGUUGGGUAACCUCAUUAAUUAUAAAAUUUCAAAAGCGAUCCACAAUAAAUUAUUGUCAAGUAAGAUGAUAGCCUAAACUAAUAGCCAAGAGAGUAAAAGAUGCUGUUAGUAAAGAAAUUAGAGGAUGACGACGAGGAUGAUAUUGAUAUUGAUGGACUAAUAGCCAAAAUAAGAUAACAUGAGUAUGAUAUUCAAUCUAUUUAAGCUGAACUUAUACCAAUUAUUCACAAAGUCAAAGGUGAAAAAGAGUAAAAGCUUACAAGAUUUUUAGAAGAACUUAUCCAGAAGUAUCAUAAUCCUCCUUCGCAAAGUUAACCUGAAAUCAAGCAAGAAUAAAUCUAAAUGCAACCACCUUAAUAAUAGCUCAAUUAAUAAUUCAACCAGCCCUUGUAUCAACAACAGCCACCAUAAGCUUAAUCAAAUUACUUAAACUAAGGCAAUCCAAAUUAUGGUAUGCCUACUGGUUAGUAGCAGAUGUUUUAGCAACCUCCAUAAUAAUAAUAGAUGCCUCCUUCUCAAGUUUAAUAUGUAGGCUAGCAAGGAAUACCAGGGUAAUUUAGGUAGAUGCCUCCCUCUUAAUAGCAGUUCUAAAAUCCCAUGAAUCAAAGACCAUAAAUUGGGGCAGUAUAUCCUGUUUAGCAAAUGUAGAAUGUCGGAUUACCAGUCUAACCUCCAGUUCAAUUUUAACAUAGAUAGUAGAUACCUCCUAAUCCUAUGUUCUAGCCUCAAAAUGUUAGUAUUCCACCUCUUAGACCACCUCAAGUUGGGAUGCCUUAGCUAUAGUAAUAAAUGAUAAGGCCAGGAAUGAAUCCUCAGGGAAUUAUGCAGCCUUAACAUUAACAAUUUAUGGGAUCCAUGAAUCCAAGAUAGAUGGGAAUUCCAAACUAACAGUAGCCCCUGCCAUUCAAUCCUUAAUAACAAAAUCCAUAGGUAAGGCAGUAAUUCCCACCUUAAAACUAGCAGCAGCAGUAAUUGCAAUAGCAAAAGAGAAGAUGA